AUGAAAUGGUUAAUCUAUAUGAUUGGAAUUCUAAUAUCAUCCGGCCUGCAUGGUCAAGGUCAAUGGCAUCUGUACUAUAUGGAUCAAACAAAUAAUAAUGGUUUGUACUAUGAUUGUUUAUACUACAAAGUAGUUAAUCCUGCAAAUCAACGUUUUGAGAUAGAAAACGAGACUGGAAAAGUAUAUAAUGAAGGAACAAAAGGAGGAGUGUUAUCUACAUUCACAUUUCAAGAAUUAAGAAGGCUACAAAUAACUACAAUUGAUUUACUUUCAUGGUCAGCGUCAAUUGAUCUUGUUGAAUUGUAUGAUGAAUAUCUUGGUGUAUCAUCAAAUGUUUCAUUGAGACUUGAGAACUUCUACAAUUGUUCUGUACCAUGGUUUGGAAGAUUUUGUCAAUAUACAUUUAAUAUAAGUCUACCACUGAACAUAAUCGUUAACAAAACAUUUACUGACAAGCGUUUUACGAAUAAUUCGGCUAUAACAUGUUAUUUACAUUUAGAUUGUGAUCGAGGACCAGCACCUGCUUGUCUUGAUUGGCGAGAAAUUUGUGAUAGAAAAGUCGACUGUUUAGGGAAUGAUGCAGAUGAAAUGAACUGUUUCGAACUCGAAAUAAAUGAAUGUAAAGAAAAUGAAUAUCGGUGCCACAAUGGAAUGUGCAUACCAGAAGAAUUCUUGAAUGAAGGUUACUAUUAUUCAGACUGCAUUGAUGGUACAGAUGAAAAUAUUCUACUUGCACCGAAGCCCGCAAAGUGUUCAAGAGAUCCAGGGUUUUGGUGUGAAGAAAGCACUCGUAGGAUGAAUCCACAAAAUUUUGUUUGUGGUGAUGGAGGAAUCGCCGAUGAUACAAUUUUUCAAUAUGCUGUGACUUGCGAGAAUGGACGAAGUACUAUUAUCAAAAGGUCGUUAUAUUCAUACGUUGAAAAUUCUGAACUAUCUUACAGCUGCUGGUUUUUGCUACUAUGCGGCAUACAGUCUAGCCUAUAUAUUGAAGUCACUUUUAUCAACCAUCUUACACCCAGAUGUAACGCACUAUGUGCUAAUGAUAGAGGUGAAAGUUGUAAUAUUAGCAUGGUAGAUGAAUGUCACACAGAAUUUGUUAUUUUUCCGCAGCGACCUAUUCUUCAUGGCCAUGUAUCCUUACUAUACUUAACAAACCAAACAAUAUUUUUUGAUCAUGGAGACACAAACAUAUUUCCCGACUAUGUUUGCUAUGAUGUGAGAAAAUGUCCUUUUCUUCCAUCUAAUUCUAUAUUGAAUAUAAAUGGUACAACUUGUCAAUCUACGCAAGAAUUAAAUCUUUAUACAUUUACUGAUAUUAUCGAUCUUUUCCAAUCUUGUCUCAUUGUAAUUGAAAACGAACAUGAAAUUAAUUAUAAUCGAUCAACACUCUUUCAAUGUCCAGGCACGGCAAAGUAUAUUUCAACGCAUCGAGUCUUCGAUGGUGUUCCAGAUUGUUAUAAAGGUGCUGACGAAAAAGAUGUUGACGCUUGUCAAUGGAAUCAUAAACAUCGUUUUAAAUGCCCAAAAGAACAAAAAUGUAUUUCAUUCAUUCUAUUUCAAAAUAAUAAGAAAGAUUGUCAUGAAGGUGAAGAUGAAACUCUGGGUGUUUCGCAGUCAAUAACAUUUCAAAAUUUGUGUAAUGGAUAUGUUCACCUACAGCCUAGAAUGCUCGAUGGAUUUAUUGAAACAGAUGAAACACAUUGUGAUGAUUGGCCAUGCAAUAAUUUAUAUACUCGAUGUGAUGGAGCUUGGCAUUGUCCAAAUGGUAUUGACGAACUUAACUGUUUACCAUCCACAUGUCCUCUCGAUACUCAUGAAUGUAUUUCUCCUAUAACAAAGAAGCUCAUAUGUUUACCGUAUCAUCGAGCCGGAAAUGGAAUUGUAGAUUGUCUUGGAUCUACUGAUGAGAGAGAAUAUUGUCGACUGCAAAACCCGGAGCGUUUUCAGAGGAGAUAUAGAUGUUGGAAUGACACUCUUUGUAUUACGCUCAUUGAACUUUGUUUGGACGGGAGAGGAGAAUGUUUAAUAGAAGAAAACUUAGAAUGUUCAUCGGAUAUGACACGUGUCUUGGGUCGUCUAAACGAAGAUGCGACACUGAAGUUUCCUGCAUAUAAAUAUUUUAUGCUUGAUCGUCUUAGAACAAAUCUUUCGUCAUUACCGACAAAGAAAAACGAUUCUAUUCCAUUGACCACAGAUCAAGAAAAUAUAGCGUUAAAUAAAAAGUUUACAAUUAAACGAACUGAAACAUGUCAUCGCGGUAUUUUGAUUUAUAUUGGAAUUUCGUUGAAAAUUCAUUGUCUUUGUCCUCCGAGUUACUUUGGAGAUCGAUGUCAAUAUCAAAGCCAACGAGUUAGCUUAACACUUCAAUUCAGUCGAAAAUGCACGCCACUUUGUUAUGAAGUAUUUGCUAUUGUUGUUAGUCUUAUUGAUCAAGAUAAUAUCAUUCAUGCAUAUGAACAAUUAACAUACUUAUCAACAUAUGAAUGUGACAAGAAAUUUUUCACUUAUUUACUCUAUCAAUCGCGACCAAAAAAUAUAACAAAAAAGUAUAAGGUGAUAGUGGAUGCUUAUAACAAAACGAGUUUAAUUUAUUAUGCAAGUUGGAUUUUACCAGUUCAAUUUCUUUUUCUUCCUGUAAAUCGAAUAGCUGCACAUUUAAAUAUUCCAUCUCAUCCAAUUAAUUCAUUGGAAACCUGUUCUGUUUUCUGUGGUUAUGGUCGAUGUUACGCAUAUGUCAAUAGUCCGAAUGAAUAUUUUUGUGUCUGUAAUUCUAGUUGGUCAGGUAUAAAUUGUACAAUUUCACAUAAAUGUGAUUGUUCAGAAGAUGCGAAAUGUCUCGGCAAAAGUAAUAACCAAUCAAUGUGUCUUUGUCCAGUGGAAAAAUAUGGUUCACGUUGUCGUCUUCAAUCGAUUUGUCAAAAUCGAACUUGCAAGAAUGGUGGACAAUGCAUACCAGGAAAUGAACGAGUAUCAAGAAAUAGUUUUAUAUGUGUAUGUCCAAUUGGAUUUUCAGGCCCAACAUGUGAAACAAUACAAACAAAAGUUCAUAUAUCAUUUAUUGAUAUAGAAAUUCCUCGUUCUUUGUUUGUUCAUUUUAUCACUGUGCAAACAGAACAUGAUCCAAUACGUACAACAAUUAAUGUCAAAAUUCCAUUUGAUCAAGAUAAAGCCAUAGUUCAAAUAUCAAUAUCUUUUCAUAUUAUUAUUGUUCAAAUUUUCAAAGAAUAUUUUUUGACAUAUGUCAAUACAAACAAUACUCCCCCAUCAGUUAGUAUAGUUCAGAUGAAGAUGGAACAACGAUGUUUACAUGUUCGACAAUUAUUUCAUAAUGAAACAGUUGCAAAAUAUUCAUUAUUACGUCGUGUUAAAUAUUAUCAUUUACUGUGUAGAGACAAACAGCAAUUUAAAUGUUUUUAUGAUGAAGAAGUAUUCAUGUGUUUAUGCAAUGAAGAAGGAUAUGCAAAUUGUUUUUUAUUUGAUUUCAAUAUAAAAUAUACCUGUAAAAGAUUUGGAGAUUGUCAAAAUGAUGCCCAAUGUUUUUCAGAUCGUCCAAAUUGUCCACUUUCGACGUUCUGUGUUUGUGCAGAUUGUUUU